AUGACCCGAAUAUCAACUGAGGGGCAGGGGUAUAAGAAGAAGUUGCCCUCCAAGUACUUUCAAGAACGCAUCACUAACAAAGAGAGGUUCUCGGAUGCCCUCAAUGCCCAGCGCUGGAGGUUUCUGAAAAGUGGCCUGGAUGAUUUCCGAAAUGGCUGCCCUCGUUCUUCUGACAACAUAAUCAUUCAUGGCAAAAGGGGCCCUAUACCAAUAAUUGUGCAUUACAAAAAUACUGACCAUUCACAGAUUGUGCCAUAUAAAACCAGAGAACAGCAGAACAAAAGCAAAGUCGUCUGCUCUAAGCUGAGUGCAGCACAGAAGACCAAGAAGGAUUUCAUUGCCCAAACUGAGCGCUGCCUGAACCAACACCCACUAGCACUUUAUCCUCAUCUGGAGGAGAGUAUGCCCAAAGAGCUUUUUCGUGAUGUCAUGAGGCUCCUGGACCCGGAGAUGGAUCUGACCAGAGUCUCCCCUGAUGAAAGCAAAAGUGAAGUGAAUAUCCCUGUUCCGCAUGAACUGCACUGUGAAACGCCACCAGAGAUCAGCUACAGCCCCCCUGUCCUACCCUGGUUGCCUAAAAAGAAGAACCCGUACACAUGGUUUAGCAAGCAAGAGGUGGCCGAGAGAGAGAGGGCAGCCAAAAUAGCCUAUGUACCUCCCUUGGAUGAGAAUGUAAAGCGUGUAACGAAGGAGUUCUGUGAAUGGGUCAGCGCAAUGGGAGGUGAAAAGUAUAACAUCGAUGAAGCCACGGUCAUGAAGUUGUUCGAUACAAGCUAUGAAACCACAGCCAAGUCCGUGGCACCCAUUAAAAUAGUGGAGCUGUAUCAUGUGCCGCCAGAACUGAGGGAGUGCCCUGAGGGAAUUCCAUGCCGGAAGAGUAUUCAGAGCCCCGACAUGAGAACAGCUUCUGAACCGAAAUGGGAGAAGAUUAAAUAUGGAGCCUGGUACCUUCACCCAAAAAAAUGGAAAAAGAAAAGAGUAGGCGAGCAAGAUGAAAUUCCUGAAUCUCUAAAAGCUUUUCUAAAGCUAAGAAAGAAGAAGGCACAAAAGGGUGAAGGGGAAGAAAUGCCACUCCAUGGAACCUAUGCGUUUGAGAAAUUCCUUGACGCAAAAGGCUACAGGAAACCAGCGUUUCUUCUGCAGAUGUUGGCUGCAUGUAAUUCUGACAAGGCAGUAGAAGAGAGUGGACAUUCCUCCAGGAGACUAUCUGUGAAGGUCCUUGAAGGCUUUAAAUCACGGUCUUCCUCAAUUAUCUAA